UUAUUGUAGCGUUUAGUAAAUUUUUGGGUUUUCAUAAAUGAAAUCCUGUGUUAGUCUUACAAUAAAAAAAUUUUUUUUUAAUAAGCAUUUAUACUGAUUUUUUAAUUUUGUCCUUUAGUAUUACACAAUGACAGUUAAAUAAGUGACAUAUGAUUGAUGAAUUAACGAUUAGUAAAAUAAUUUAUUCAAUUCAUUUUUAAAAGUAUUAUAAAUUGAAGAGUUUAUUUUAAGUAAGAUUGUUGUCAUGUCUACUAGAAUGGUGGCCAGAGGUGGAAAAACAAGGCUUUUUGGUUUUUUUUGUGUGAUUCUUGUAUUAUCAGCAGUGUUAUAUGUAUUUCAUGGAACUCAAUUAGAGUUAGAUGAUGUCCGUCAAUCAGUAUCGUCUUGUACUCAACAACUUGGCUCCCUUUCAUCCCAAUUGCAAGAAAUUGUUGAGCACAAGUUAAAAUUGGAAAAAUCUUUGGAAAAUGAAAAAAAUGAGCAUGCAAAAACAAAAGAAGAGUUAAAUGCUGCUAUUCAAGAUGAAAAGCAGUUGCGAGAUAAACAAAAUGUUGAUUCCAUGAAUCGUUAUAAUGAGAUAGAACGAAAUCAUGCAGUGUUACAGGAAGAAGAAAAACAAUUAAGAGAUGAACUUGAAAAAAUACAACUCAGUUUAGAUGAAGAAUUAAAUAAAAACAAAAAACUUGUAGAAGAGCUGGAAACUGCUAAAAAUAAAAUAAUCACACUUAAAGACAAUAAAUCUAAGUAUGAAAAAAAUAAUCAAGAUGAAAGCUUAAAAUUACCAAGAGGGAAUGAUAGUUCAUCAUUGAAAAAUGUUUUAGAAAAUAGUGAUGACAAUGCAAAGCUUAAUAAGAUUAAAUCUAGUUCUGUCACACCUGCCAUUAAUCCUCAAGCUAUUGAUGGGUCUACUGCCAAAAGUAGUACACCGAUGACUAGUUCAAUAUCAAAAACAACUUCUACAAAUGAGUCAGUAAUACCUAUUAAUCAAGAAGCUAACCCUAUCAAUCAGCCUAAUAUGGAAAUGAGUUCAUCUUCUAAAGUUCAAGGCAGUGCAUUAGCAUUGAAUAAUGAAACAAGUCCAUCACAAGAACCUCAAAUUAAUGUGAAUGAAUCAUUUAAAGGGAUGGCCAUACCUCCCAAAGAAAAUGCCAAAAAAGAAAAUAUAAAUGGAGGAAUAGAAAAUGAUAAAACUAAGCAAAAAAAUGAAGUAUAUAAAUUAGACUAUGAAAAAGAACAAUUCAAGGAAGAAGAUGAAGAUGAUGAAGAUAUGACUGAUUUUGAAGCUAGAGCUGAUGAAAAUCAAGCUAUACCUGAUACUGUAUAAAUACACAACAAGAAUAAUCGAAAAGUACAAAUGCCAUAGUUAAAACAUUAAGUGAUUUUGUAAGUAAUUUUAAUGUACUCUAGCAAAACUAUCAUUUAUAGAUAUUUGAGCUGUAUAAACUUAUAAAUUUAUUAUAUUUUUAUAUUUAUAUUUAAAUAAGUAUUUUAUAUUAGUUAAUGCUACUAAUAUGUAAUAAUUAAAUUUUAUAAUUAUAAGAUUUAUUUU